CGUCCCGCGCUGCUUCCAUUCUUUCCACAACAACACGCGAAGAUGCAGAUCUUCGUGAAGACCCUAACGGGGAAGACCAUCACCCUUGAGGUUGAGCCUUCUGAUACUAUUGAAAAUGUGAAGGCCAAGAUCCAGGACAAGGAAGGUAUUCCUCCCGACCAGCAGCGACUCAUCUUUGCUGGCAAACAGUUGGAGGAUGGCCGCACCCUUUCUGACUACAACAUCCAGAAAGAGUCCACGCUCCACCUUGUGCUGCGGCUGCGUGGUGGUGUCAUUGAGCCCUCCCUCAAGCUGCUAGCAGAAAAGUACAACUGCAACAAGAUGAUCUGCCGCAAGUGUUAUGCCCGCCUUCACCCCAGGGCCACCAACUGCCGCAAGAAGAAGUGUGGCCACACCUCCAACAUCCGACCCAAGAAGAAGAUUAAGGGUUAAGUUUUGGUGUUCCUUAAGGAGAAAUUUAAGGGACUGGAGAAUAGGUAAAACAGCACAUUACUCCAAUAAAGUAAAUCUCCAGCUUU